UAGCCUGGGAAACAACUUAUGCCUUAUAUAAGUCCCCCCGGGAAGGCAGAAGCAGAGCUUGUUGGCGCUGAGCUCCCCAACUACAGCAGCGACCAGACUGUGGGACAGUCAAAGGGCUUCAGCCACAUUCCACCGCCAGCCCCAGCGGAGGGAGCCAGGCCCAACUACCAGGUGCCCUGCCUGCAGCUCUGGCUCAUCCUGCCUAGUGCCAUGGCCUUCUCUGAGCUCAUGGACCGUGUGGGCAGCAAUGGCCCCUUCCAGUUCCUGAACCUGGUCUUGCUAGGCCUCCCAAUCCUCAACCUGGCCAACCACAACCUGCUGCAGAUCUUCACAGCUACCACGCCUGCCCACCACUGCCACCCACCCCCCAACGCCUCCGAGGGGCUCUGGGUGCUUCCUAAGGACCAGAAUGGGAAGCCUGAGAUGUGCCUCCGUUUCAUACAUCUGCCCAAUGCCAGCCUGCCCAACGACACCCAGGGGGCCACCGAGCCAUGCCUGGAUGGCUGGGUCUAUGACCUCAGCACCACGAGCUCCAUCGUGACUGAGUGGGACUUGGUGUGCAGCUCCAACAAACUGAAGGAGGUGGCCCAGUCUCUCUUCAUGGCAGGCACACUGAUCGGAGGGAUCGUGCUGGGAGACCUGUCGGACAGGUUUGGCCGCAAGCCCGUCCUGACCUGUAGCUACCUGCUGUUGGCAGCCAGCGGCUCAAGUGCAGCCUUCAGCCCCAGCCUCUCCGUCUACAUGGUCUUCCGCUUCCUGUGUGGCUGGAGCAUCUCAGGGAUUGUCCUGAGCACUGCGAUCUUGAAUGUCGAAUGCGUGUCCAUCCAGACGCGGGCCAUCAUGUCAACUUUAAUGGGUUACUUCUAUACCGCUGGCCAGUUCCUUCUGCCUGGCCUGGCCUAUGCCAUCCCCCAGUGGCGCUGGCUACAGUUAACCGUGUCCAUUCCCUUCUUCGCCUUCUUCCUGUUGUCCUGGUGGAUACCAGAGUCCAUACGCUGGAUGGUCGUGUCUGGAAAAUUCUCAAAGGCCCUGAAAAUACUCCGGCGGGUGGCUACCCUCAAUGGCAAGAAGGAAGAAGGAGAGAAACUGCGCAUGGAGGAGCUCAAAUUCAGCAUGCAGAAGGAGAUCUCCUUGGCCAAGGCCAAGUAUAGUGUCGCUGACCUGUUCCGGACACCCAACCUGCGCCGUGUGACCUUCUGUCUUUCCCUGGCCUGGUUUUCCACCGGUCUUGCCUACUACAGUUUGGCUAUGGGUGUGGAAGAAUUUGGAGUGAACCUUUACUUCCUCCAGCUCAUCUUUGGUGGGGUCGACAUUCCGGCCAAGUUCAUCGCCGUCCUCUCUAUAAACCAUCUGGGCCGACACAUCACCCAGUCCUGUGCUCUCCUCCUGGCAGGAGGGUCCAUCUUGGCUCUCAUCUUUGUGCCCUCGGAUUUGCCAACCCUGAGGACAGCCCUGGCUGUGUUUGGGAAGGGCUGCCUGUCCAGCUCCUUCAGCUGCCUCUUCCUCUACACGAGCGAGCUAUACCCCACCGUCAUCCGGCAAACAGGUAUGGGCAUAAGCAACUUGUGGACUCGUGUAGGAAGCAUGGCGGCCCCACUGGUGAAAAUCACAGCAGACUUUCAGCCCUUCAUCCCUAAUAUUUUAUUUGGGACCAUCACCCUCCUUGGAGGCAGUGCCACCCUGUUCCUGCCUGAGACCCUCAAUCGGCCCUUGCCAGAGACUAUCGAAGACAUAGAGACCUGGUCCUGGCAGACGAAGAAACCAAAGCAGGAACCAGAAGCAAAAGAAGCAUCCCAGAGGAUCCCUCUGCAUCCUUGUGGACCAGGCCCGGACCCCUGCUGAGGGCAACAGAGCCCCCUUUCUCUGCCCUCCAGAAACAAAUCCUAGCCAGGUCCUCGCCUGCCUCUGGGCUCUGAGGGCACCUUGGGGGCCGCUGAGCAGGUCCAUGCUCCAGUUCAAAGGUUCCACCAUAGGCCUUUCUAUACCUUACCCUUGUCCUCUUCAUCCCUCAGCCCAGGCCUUGCCAUAGCCCUUCCCCACUGGCCGCCUUUGUCCCACCCUCCUUCCCCAGGGGUUCCCCCUGGACUCCUUGACUCAGUCCUAACAAAGACAGCUUCUCCUUCUUGCUCCCCACCCUUUUCUUCAAUGGGAGGGUUCAAUAAAUGACAAUGAACUCAAGCCAUAA